GAAAAUACUAAGUGACGGUCUAUAGUAUCUUAAAACCUUUUCGCCAGCACUGGCAAUCGAGAACCAUUGCUGCUUUGAUAGAAAGGAACCCUAACCCUCCAUCGCCACAGUUUCAGGCUAAAGAUGGAAGUGGACACAUUUGGAGUGUCUGACGCAUCGAGAUGGGAGGGAAGUCCUGGACAAGUCCCACAACAACACGAUACUGCUGGCGUUUGACAUCCAAGCAUUUCAACCAUGGCUAACGAACACAUCCUCACGCUAUCCUGCCCGGACAAGCCGGGCAUCGUUCACGCUGUGACGGGCAUCUUUGCGCGCGAGGGGCACAACAUUCUGGACUUGCAGCAGUUCUCCGACCCGACCAGUGAAAAAUUCUUCAUGAGGGUGCACUUUGGGCCGACGCCGACCGAGUCGACUGAGCACCUCCGGCCGGCCUUUGACUCGCUGGGCCAAGAAUACAGCAUCAGCUAUGAGAUCCGGCCGGUGACGCAGAAGCGGCGGGUACUCAUCAUGGUGUCCAAGAUCGGGCACUGCCUGAACGACCUCUUGUUCCGGAUCAAGACGGGCCAGCUGCCCAUCGAGGUGCCGCUGAUCGUGUCCAACCACCCGGACUUUGCCCCGCUGGCCGCGAGCUACGGGAUCGAGUUCCGCCACCUGCCCGUCACGCGCGAGACCAAGGCGGCCCAGGAGGCGCAGGUGCUCGAGCUCAUCAAGGAGCACAACAUCGAGCUGGUCGUCCUGGCCCGCUACAUGCAGGUGCUCAGCCCGACCCUCUGCGAGGCCAUGUCGGGCCGCAUCAUCAACAUCCACCACAGCUUCCUGCCCUCCUUCAAGGGCGCCAAGCCCUACCACCAGGCCUACGACCGCGGCGUCAAGAUCAUCGGCGCCACCGCCCACUUCGUCACCGCCGACCUGGACGAGGGCCCCAUCAUCGAGCAGCGCGUUGCCCGCGUCGACCACAGCAUGGACCCCAAGGCGCUCGUCGAGGAGGGCUCCAACAUCGAGAGCCAGGUCCUCGCUGCCGCCGUCAAGUGGUAUGCCGAGGGACGCGUCUUCCUGAACGGCAACAAAACAGUUGUCUUUUAAAAGCCUGUCGCAAUCCAGAGGAAGGAAAGGGAUGGGGGGAUGAUGCAGCAGAUAGCCAGGCAGAUCUGGAUUAUCAUGGGCACUCGUGUACAUCAGGUACCUAGCAUCGUGUCAACGUAGUGUGAACAAUCAGAACUGAUCCUCUACACGCACCUGCUGUGGCAUUUUUGUGUUAUGAUGAUAAUACCUGGCCUUGGGGUUUCGUGGCUGGCUUUCAUGCUCCUGCUGUGCCGAACGCAGGUGCGAGCUCGAAUAAGCGUGGGAGGCGU